CCAGGAGUUCUUCAUUGCUGUACUAACCCAAAUUUCCAAGCAUAAACUUUGACUUUUCUAUUUUUUAGUGUUUCCAGCAAUGUAUUCCUCAUUAUCUUGACCUUCACAGAAGCUCGAGCCUGGUGACCGUCUGAAAGAAAUAGAGCUUACAGGUUUUACUAAGCCACAAAGAUCAAGAUGUUGAGAGAUUUUUGGCCAUUUGCCCCAGUUCUGGUCCUGAUCGCCAGUAGCAGUUUCGGGCUUCUUCAGACGGAGGCGAAUGUGGUCGGCAGCAGUGACAUAGUACGCAAAAACGCUUUGAGUGGGCCCUCUAGCGAGAAUGGCGGUGACCUCUACAUCGCCGACAGGAGGAAUAAAAAUGAGAACCAUUCUGGAGAAGGGAAGAAGUCGCUGCGUCAACGUAAAACAUCGGGAAAAACAACGAGUCCUCGCACGGAGCAAAAAAUCAGGGUCGAAACCGUGCCACCUCCGAUAGCGGAGGGAUCACAACUUGAAGUGCUGGAAGAAGAGCUCCCGCCUUCGACCGCAUCUAGUACUUCUCUUGCGCAACUGCAGGUGCGAAAACUACGCAAAGAGUUGUCCGGUGAUGUUGCCCAGGCCAAGAACUCCAAAAAAGCCGAUUCUGGGCGAGCUCUGUGGGAUGUGUUGCCUCACAGCUCGUCCUCCUCAACACCCGCCACGACCCUCAGUGUGGACUUCGAGGACAUGUUCCACAACCCGCAGACCAUCGAGGAGCUGAUUGAGCAGGCGAGUAGCAGCGAGUUUGUGGACCACCUCAUGGAGAACGAAAAUCAGAACGGCAUCCUGAAACUCGCGCUGGCCGCGGAGAUCCAGCGGGUGCGGCACCGCGAGCGGCGAAAACGGGACCGUGGUGCGAACGCGUUGACGCCGAGUGUUUGGUACGACGCGACCUCGUCCCGAACACCCGAGCGCGUUCUGAACCUGCUGCGGGAGCGCCCCGCCGCGCGGGAGACGGGAGCGACUCUCGCACAGGUGGUGGGAAAGGCGGAUCUGGAAGCCAUGACCGAGCAGGCCAGUGCAGGUGGUGCCACCGCCGUCGAGGAGGUGUGCGACCAACCGGAAUUGUGGCUGGCCUACGCGGCGAAAAUCGGGGAUCUGGAGGUGGUGGCCUUGCUGGUGAGCGGCAUGAGCUCGCUGGCCAUCAAGAAGGAGGACCUGCUGGACGCGGUUCUGAUUGCCGUGGACGCGAAGAACUUGGCGAUCGCCGAGUUCCUGGACCAGGUGCUCCGCGACCGGGACGAUUUCCUGCGGGGCAAGCAAACGCUGGACGAGUACGUCGCGGCCAUCGACGGCGCCGCGCGGGACCCGGCGCGGUUGGCCCAGAGCCGGACCCAACUGUCGGCGCAGACGAAGCAGGUGCGGGAAACCGACCUGGUGUGGCUGUCCCAAGAAGCGGUAUCGCACUUCUGCCCCGUGCAGCUCGCCAUGAUUCGCGCGGCGAACUCGCACGAGGAAGGGGACUACAAAAAGUUGCGCAAGUUGCUGGAGUCGCAGAAGCCGAAGGUUAUCCAGUACCUCGAGGAGGUGCGGCAGGAGUGGAAUGUCGUGCACAUUCCGCUGCACAGCCAGUCCUUCUGUCCCGGCGUGUUGGAAGAAAAUGAUCCCGCCUUAGUUGUACCCGAGGAGGAGCGGUCCUUCGGGGAGGGGGUGAACGCCCGGCAUUUGACAAUCGUGCGCGCCGUGCUGGAAAAGAUGCUGCUGGACGUGGCGCGGGGCGAGUACGCGACCUACGUGAUCACGAGCAAAACCGAGGACAAGGAGCAGCAAGUGGAGAUGAUUAUCGACUUGGACGCGACGCGCAGUGGCAACCGGCUGCCGGCCGGCGAGUACCUGACCGAGGCCAAGCUGGCCCACAACGUGUCCGCGGUCGGGCUGGUGGACAUGGGGGCGCCGGCGCGGUACGGCGCGGAUCCGCUCGUGUACCAGCCGUCCGUGCUCGAACAGGAGCACUGCCGGCCCGUACUGGGCGGCCUGAACGAUCCGCAGGACUCGAUGGUGGAUCUGGCCGGCCACGACUUCACACACGACGAGGCGCACAGCUUCUGCGCUGCGCGCUGCGACGCGCUCAACAGCGCUGCGAUCGGAAACAGCACACAGGUGGAUAGCUAUCCGCAUGCCGUGCAACCGGCCUGCGCGGCGUUCACGCUGGAGGAACUCUUUCCCUCGGAACAGGCGGAGAGUUUUCUGCAGAUGAAAGGCUGCUGCGACGAAGAUGCGGGAAAAUCUCGCAAGAACACCGCUACCACGACGCCGCGGCCGCAGAUCGCUUAUAGGUGUGGGUUCUGCCAGAAAACCGAGAGGAUGCCGCUUCCAAACACGAUCGAAACCCCUGCCGGAAUCCAGAAAGUCAAGUACACGACCUACACGCGCUCCGUCUUGCCCGGCUUGCAAUUGUUGAGUCCGCGGUUCUCCGAAGUCUUCUUGACGCUGCACGGCUUGCGGGAGGAAAUCAAGAACGCGGGGAAGGAAGAUGCAGAGGACGAGGAGGACGAUGAUCGAGCGCUGUCAGCGCAAAACGUGGCUGCGAUUCGGGCGUGGAUGGACGAGCUGCCCUGGGACGGGCACUGGCAAGAGAUCCCGUCGCGCGCUGGCAGUCUGGCGCUCCGCGGGGGCCGCACGAGGGUGCAGUAUCACGGACCCGGCAUUGCCAACGUCGCAAUGCAAUACGGCACCAUUCCCGAUGCGCUGGGGGCUGUUAUGGAGUUACUGCUCUUCACGCUGCCGGAACGACGGUUUCUCGACGACCGAGCCGCUGCAAGCAUGCUCGAGAUGGUACAAUGCAACUUUUCUUUCUCAUCUUUUCAUGACUGAAUGUAGUUGGUGGAGUCAGUGCCAGAUGCAGCUGCAGAUUCAUUGCUAUCGCUUCGUUCACGAGUUCUUCAAUUUACGAUUUAAGUACUUUCAAUCGCUUUGUUCACUGUGGACGAUUACUACUGCACGUCCGAGUUGAAAGAAUGAGAAAAUUUCAAUUCUUCAUUACACCAGGCAUCACCAAGGAAAUCGGAAAGCGACAAUCCGAGUUUGGACAUGACGAACUUGAUGGGGUGGAUGCAGCGUCCCAAAUUCGUACACGCUUCCGCACCCGUUUCAUGGCAGGUGCUGAGUGACAGUGGAGACGGAUGCCGCGACGCAGGAGCUGUGCACAGCGCAUCGUCGGACGUGAUUGCGCAGCCGGUGGACGGAAUCCGAGCCCUCACCAGCACCCAAACGGUAACGGACACUUGGGGCGGAGAGACCGGUCGGCACAGCGCGGAAACUGAGCUCGACGAGGACGACGAACGGACGGAAGACAUGUCCGCACAGAAGGCGGGUGACAAGGAAGACAAGGCCGCCUCCAUUGCUGGCGGCGAGCCGGCGAAAGGAGCACAAGGCAAGGGAAAUAAACAGGAUCAUGAACAAAAGUCGGAUCCGUACGACGCAAAGAAAGAUCCGCUGGCGCUGUCUCCAGGAUCCUUCCUCCAGACCACUACCGACAACUUCCAGGUGGGUACCUGUGUCCGCAACGAGACGAUGGAGAACUACUUCAUGCCGCCGGCAAAGCAGCCGGUCUACUUCCAAGAUCUGCAGGAUGCCCCUCUGCCCAGCAGCCGCUGCGGGGAGCACAAGAGCACGGGCCGGAUGCGGUACACCAAGGAGGAGAUGAACCCGCGGGCGGCGCGGUACGGCGUGAAGGUACGGAAUUUCUCCCCGCGGAGUUGCGAGCUGGCCUGUGCCGAGGACCCCGAAUGCAUGUACUGGUCCGCCGGUAUCGCCUGGGACCUCGCAUUCUCUCCCGAAUUGAAAGAACUCGAGGGUCCCGCACCGACCGAGCCAGAGGGUAGCGUCGAGGACGAUGCUGCUGUCGAACCCGAGGAACCAGUUGGGGGCGAGGAAGUCGUGCUAGAAGAAGAUGCGGCAGACGACGAGACUGGUAGUUCUUCUUCUUCUUCUUUCCUCAACAAGAAGACCUCGUCUAAAUCCCUGCUGUCCCGGGUUUUGCAAAGAACUCGUGCGAGGAAGAGCGGCGACUGGUGGAACGACAACUCGCAGAACGCCGCAACGACUCGCAGCAGUUCGAACUGGUGGGAAUCGACCGGAGACGCGCUGCAAAGCCAGGGCCUCUCUGUCGCGGACGAGCAGCUUGGAAGGGCAACUGGGCUAGCGAAUGAUGCAGUGGGCGUCAACACUGUUAAACCGCACCAGCCGACGACCAACGCCCCUCCUAUCCGAAGCGAGGCUGAAAGCGUUCACGAGCAAGGAGACCAUCAGACCCAGGGGCCGGCGCGUCGACCAGAAGAACUGACCACGACAGAUUCCCCCACAAGCACAGCGGAUACAACUGCGCAGCCCCCGAUUGGCAGCCCGGAAAUGGGAACCACUAAAGCUCCUCUUGUGACAGCAGCACCACCGGGUCCUACGACAAAAGAUCCUUCGCGUGGCAACCGCAGGCCUACAAAUCCGACGAUGGAGCAGUCUCCCGCAAUUGGAAGUCCCAGUAGCCACGGACUGCACGAGCUGCACACCGCCAUGAACUUGCACCGGCUGGAGGAGCGGGCCUCGUUGCUGUGCCUUCUUGCCGCGGAGAAGGGCGACAUUGUGCUGCAGGAAGGCUACGGCGGCGAAUUUUCUCCGGACCCUCUAAAAAAGCAAAGCGAGGUCGCAGCGCCCGCAAAUCCGGUGGAGCAGGCCCUGCAGCGGGACUUCAGCGACUGGGAGUACGGUGAGUGCGACCGGUUCCCCGCCCCUCCGCAGUUGCCUGAAGUAAAAGAAGGCCAGACGCCGACCCUGGGCGACCCGGAGUGCCCCUGCUCCACGGGGGCCAUCGUGUGCAUCGUGAUCUGCGUGGUUUUGAUUCUGGCGGGCAUCAUCGGCAGCUUCUUCGUCGUAGAAUGCAUGAAGGACCAGAAACGCCGGGAGGCGGAAGAGAAAGAGCGACAACGGCAGCGGGAACUGCUGGAGAAAACCGGGCUUUCGCAGCAGCAGGUACAGCAGACCAUGGUGCAGAUCGAGGAAGCCGCCGCGAACCCGGAGAAAGUGCACGAGCCGCUGAAGAUCCUGUUCGAGGACGAUCAGAAGAAGUUGGAAAUCCUCAUCCCCGUGUCUGCCGCAGCGCGAAGCAGUGCCGGGCAGGCGAACAACGCGGAGAGGGAGGAGAAAAUGGCGAUUUCUGUGAAAGACCUGCUGCAGGUGAUGGAGGCCAUGCAGCACGUGUACACCGCGGAGCAAUUCGAAACGAUGCUGAAGAAACUCGGCUACACCGAGGACUUCGCCGUCUCCGUGGGCAUGCGACUCGCCGCGGCCACCGCCGCGGAGUCCCACAUCGCAAAAGGGGACGUGCAACAAAACCUGACCAAACGAAAAACGGAGCAGGCGUUGCAGGCCGGACAACUGCCGGGCGUGGGGGCUACUGCUGCGGCGGAACUUGCUGCUGCAACUACUAGUACAUCCGGCAGGCUACCGUCCGCCGCAGUGGUGCGGCCUCCGUCUAUCGCAGCACGAGCGCCGUCCGGCGCAGUACGGCCUCCGUCUGCCACAGAACGAGCGCCAUCCACUACAGUACGGCCUCCGUCUGCCGCAGAACGAGCGUCGUCCGCUACAGUACGGCCUCCGUCUGUCGCAGCACGAGCGCCGUCCGGCGCAGCACCGCGAAUACCGUCCGUGGCAGGCGUGCGGCCGCCCGUGGCUCCGGAAGGCGAAGCUGCAGCAGAUGAAGACGUCACUUCGAUAAGUGAAGGCGACAACGAGAUGGAUUUCAUGGGGUUGUCGGACGACGACGUAAUUGGAGUACCGCCAGACGAGGGCGACCGAAACUUGCUGACGCUCCACUUUGGCACUUACGAAGGCGUCACGUACGCGCAAAUGCGGGGGUUCCUCACGCAGAGAAUCGCGGAAGAGCUCGCCGCUGCCCACCCAGACGACCUCGCAGAGGACCCCACCGGCGCUAACCUGUUUCUCCCAAGCCAGCUGGAGGACAUGAACGCCGGUGGAGACUUCCGGUUAAGCGACCACAUGCAGCUCCGCGGCAGCACCCUCCGGGCGAUGCCCUCGGGUGUUGUGCCAGUACAACAAAAGCGGGCGUCGCAAAUUCCCAACUUGGGGGGCGAAGAUGGUCCUACCACUGGUGCUCGUGCGAGUGCGAAGUCGCAAGCGCGGCCGAGUUUGCUCGGGAUGGCGGCCACACCGCAGCUCCAUCCCAUGGGUAUGACGGAAGCAGAUGAGGCGCUCCACGUGCCCGGGUCCACCGCUGAGGAGCGGGAGGGCACGGUAGCAACGUUGCAGCAGCUCGGGUUGCAGGAGCCAGUGGCCGCUGCCUACGCCGAUAUCCUUCACACCACGGAACUCGAAAAGGAACUCCCCCUCCCGGCCGAUCCCGCGGACAAAGCGGCCGUGCAAAGGCUCACGCAGGAGAAGCGGCCUUCGGUGGCGGCCCUGGCCGCCGCGGUCGAUGAGGCGGAUGACAUCGUUGACACGUACCCGGAUGCCGCGCCGGAGCAAGUAGCUGCGGAGGUAGCGCGCCGGUCUUCCAAGAAGAAAAGCCGAAGUUCCGCCGCGCAAUCGCCACCUUCGCGGAAGCGCUCGGACGUACUGAGAUCGGAAGGGGGCGUCCCAGUGCGGCCACCCAGCAGCGCAAACGACUUCUACCCCAACCCCGAGGAAGGCAGCUUCGCACCAAGGUCAUCGAAUGGUACUGCUGGUAAACAGGCAUCGCUCGGUGGGCUUUCCAGUAAAGAUUUCAUGAACUUCGCUGGAUAGAAGCAAAACGAAGCGGGAAGACAAAGAAAGGAAGUAAAUUUGAGACUGCAGCAGCUGCGACUAUUAGCCUUCGUCGUGCGGCACUAGCGUCAGUUCAUUCUUGUAACGCGCAUUAUUCAAUUUUUUUUUGUUUUCUUCAAUCUUAUGCCAUUUCUACGUACUUCUUUUCGAGUUCAAGUUCCACCAAUCCCAUCUAAGUACGACGCUAAGCUUUUCCUUUUUUGAAAGAGAUUUUGAUUUUACUAAACUUAUUCGCAAGUAUAAGCAUUUGAUUUGGCGUUUCUUGGUUUCCCCAUUCCGUGCCUUAACCAUCCUCCGCGAUCAAGGCCCUUCUUUUACGCAUUUUUUCAUUUCCCAGUAUCUUUCCCCUUGCCCUCGUCGCAUCUGCUGAGCCAGUAGAUUGUCCCCAUUAUCGAGAGCGAGUUUUUCGCUCACUGGUCCCACUAAGUAUCAGCCAAACGUAUACAUUUUUCAGGUUCUGUACCCACAGUACCACACUAUCUGAAUCUGCUUCAUUCGGUUUACGUAUCCCGCCUCCGAAAAGCAAAUCGCACUCCACGCACCUGUGAUCUAGUCUCAGACACAGAUUGCAAACACACAUCAACUGCACCAUCACGUUUUGUCCCCGAUGCCACCACCUUUGACCAUACGUUUCACAUUGCGCACCCGCACCCAAGAAAAUCUGAAAUCGGAAAU